UCUUCUCCUCCAUUCACUUACAGCUUGAAGAGAGAGAGAGAGCAGAAGAGAUCCUUUCUCUCUCUAAAACCAAGCUUCUAAUUUACGAGUAGAUCUUGAUAUUAUAUACGUAGAGUCGUUCCUUGUACCCAUAAUCCGCCGCACGAUUCCAGGGUUUCUGAAAUUCCUUAAAUUUUUGUUUAAUCGAAUUGGAUUGAAACCGUGAAACGGAUCAGAUCCGAUGGGCGAUUCCUUCUGUGCCGACUGCAAGAAGAACACCGAGGUGGUUUUCGAUCACGCCGCCGGAGACACGGUGUGCUCCGAGUGCGGGCUUGUUCUGGAAUCUCGCUCUAUAGACGAGACUUCCGAGUGGCGUACUUUUGCGGACGAUUCCGGCGAUCACGACCCGAACCGUGUUGGAGGGCCAGUCAACCCUCUGCUGGGCGAUGUCGGACUCUCUACUGUGAUUUCCAAGGGCCCCAACUCUACCGGAGAUGCGGCCUCGGUGGCCCGUUUGCAGAAUAGGGGUGGUGAUCCUGAUCGUGCUCUGGUUAUGGCUUUUAAAGCCAUAGCUAACAUGGCUGAUAGGUUGAGCCUUGUCUCUACUAUUAAGGACCGUGCUAGUGAGAUUUAUAAAAGAUUGGAAGAUCAGAAGUGUACAAGGGGGAGAAACCUGGAUGCUUUGGUGGCUGCUUGCAUUUAUAUUGCAUGCAGACAAGAAAGCAAACCUCGAACUGUAAAAGAGAUAUGCUCAAUUGCGAAUGGACCGACAAAGAAGGAAAUUGGCCGAGCAAAGGAAUUUAUUGUGAAACAAUUGAAGGUUGAAAUGGGGGAGUCGAUAGAGAUGGGCACCAUUCAAGCAGGGGACUAUCUGAGGCGUUUUUGUUCUAACCUUGGAAUGAGCCACGAAGAAAUUAAAGCCGUUCAGGAGACUGUCCAGAAGGCAGAGGCGUUUGAUAUUAGGAGGAGUCCAAUAUCUAUUGCAGCUGCAAUUAUAUACAUGAUUACUCAGCUUUCUGAUUCAAAGAAACCAUUGAGAGAUAUUUCGUUUGCAACUACAGUUGCAGAAGGGACGAUCAAGAAUGCAUACAAGGAUUUGUAUCCACAUGCUACGAAAAUCUUGCCGGAAUGGUAUACCAAGGAUAAGGACACCAAAAACCUUUGCAGUCCCAAGGGAUAAAAUCAAAGAGAGAGCCCGGAGCUGUCUUUUUCUGCCUAGCUAAAGUCUCUCCGAUCACUUUCAUGAGAGUUCUUCGGCAGGAGAAACGACUACUGAUUGUUGGAAAGUGCAGGGGAUAUACAGUUUAUAGCAUGGAGUAUCAUUGUUACCUUCCUUUUCCCUUUUCCAUACAGACCAUAACAAUUCAAAUUUGCAUUUCUUGAUGCAUCAAUUGACUGGUUCCCUAUGGGGGGGAUGAGUGUCUUCCUUUUCCUUUUCCUUCUUUUGUUGGUUUGUUGUCUUUUUUUUUAAGAAUGCCCAUGUGCGUGUGAAAGAAGUCUUGUUUUUUAAGACUUGCGAACGUGGCUUUGAUUGUAUGGCAAGUUUAAUAAUCUUUUUUGGUCAAAUCCUUUCUUCACAAGGAAGAAAGGAGUUAAAAAAUGUUUGGCUAUCUGUCCCUAAACUAAAUUGUAGUUUGAUUU